CCGAACUUCACACUUCUUUUUUCUUUCUCUCUCUUCUUCUUCUUCUUGACUUGUUCGUUUUUUCUUUGUUUUUUCCUUUGUUUUCUUUUUAUCCCCAUUUGUUUUUUUGUCUUUGUGUCUAUUAUUUCUUUUUUCUUUUUCUUUCUUGUUUAUUUCAACACUGGCGGUUGAUAGGAUUCCAAUAUCUAUUUACCACGACGCUCCGUUUGUUUUUUCCUUCUUCUUCUUCUUGUCUUUCUUUUCUUUAUCCUCAAGUGUACAGUUUGUGAAGUGAUUCCUUUUUUGACAUGUCAGAAAAAGGAGACGACGAGAAAAAGGCGGGUGCCCAGUUUGAAGAACAGGCACAUGUAGAACAUGAAGAUGAGAUAUCGCCAGAAUUAGAAGCGUUACUUCACACCGAUCCACAACAGGGCCUGACGGCACUGGAAGUCGAAGAACGACAAGCGAAAUUUGGAUUGAAUGAGUUACCAGAACGUAAAACCAAUCCCAUCCUCAAAUUUCUUCGUUAUUUUACCGGCCCCAUCUCCUAUUUAAUCGAAAUCGCUUGCAUUAUUGCCGCCGUUGUCGGUGACUGGAUCGAUUUUGGUAUCAUUCUAGCCCUGCUGUUGAUCAACGCUCUCAUCGGCUAUAUUGAGGAAGCCAAAGCCGAGUCGGCCUUGGACGCUUUGCGACAAACCUUGGCUCUCAAGACCCGCUGUUUUCGUGAUGGUCGACUCUCAGAAACCGAUGUGAAGGACCUGGUACCGGGAGACGUCAUCAUUCUUCGUAUUGGUGAUAUCAUUCCUGCCGAUGCUCGACUCCUUGGCCUAGGUGCCAGUGGUGAAGAAAAUGCAGGUGAUCUCCUCAUUGAUCAAUCCGCUCUCACGGGUGAAUCCUUGCCUGUCUCGAAAAAGAAGGGUUCCACAGUGUAUUCCAGCAGUGUCGUCAAACAAGGUCAGCAAUUGGCCGUCGUCACGAAAACCGGCGCCAAUACUUUUAUCGGUCGCGCGGCCAACCUCAUUGCCAUUACUACCGAACAAGGCCAUUUCCAACGGAUCAUUGCCAAAAUUGGCAAUGUGCUCAUCUGGUCCACCAUUGCUCUGGUCCUUAUCGUGCUCAUCUAUCAGCUGGUCAAACUGAAGGAAAACUGGAAAACGGUGCUGGUCAACUGCCUGGUGCUUACAGUGGCGGCUAUUCCCGUCGGUCUGCCUACGGUCAUGUCCGUCACCAUGGCUAUUGGUGCCAAACAACUGGCGGCGAAAAAGGUCAUUGUCAAACGUCUCACGGCCGUGGAAGAACUCGCUUCGGUGUCUGUGCUGUGUUCCGACAAAACCGGUACCCUGACCUUGAACGAACUCACCUUUGAUGAACCUUGGUUGGCUGGCAACUACACCGCCGACGAUAUUCUCCUGUACUCUUACCUUGCCGCUGAAUCCGGAGCCAAUGAUCCCAUUGAAGCCGCAGUUCGUCGAGCCGCCGAAGGAUCCCUCGAUAUCCUCAAGAACCGACAACCUCAUCAGCGUGAUAUACCCGGCUUCAAGGUCACUGCAUUCCAGCCGUUUGAUCCUGUCACCAAAAUGACCAAAGCAACCAUCCUCGACACCAAUACCAAUCAGUCCUUCCAAGUGGCCAAGGGUGCUCCUCAAGUGAUUACUCGCCUCGUCGGUGGCAACGAUGCCGCCGUUCACGCCGUCAACUCACUCGCUCGUCGUGGUCUUCGUGCUCUCGGUGUGGCCAAGACUGUCCCCGGUGACCUGGACAAGUUUGAACUCGUCGGUAUGAUCUCACUCCUGGAUCCUCCUCGUCCCGAUUCCGCCGCCACCAUUCGUGACUGUAAUGCCUUGGGUGUCGAUGUCAAAAUGAUUACCGGUGACCAGCUCAUUAUUGCCAAAGAAGUCGCUGCGCGUCUCGGCAUGGGCCGCGUCAUCCUGGAUGCCAAUCAUCUCGUCGAUCCCAAUAAAUCCGAAGAUGAGGUCACCGAACAUUGUCAACGUGCUGAUGGUUUUGCCCAGGUCAUUCCUGAACACAAGUACCGCGUCGUCGAAUUGCUGCAAAAGAAAGGCUUAUUGGUCGGUAUGACCGGUGACGGUGUUAAUGACGCUCCUGCUCUCAAGAAGGCCGAUGUCGGUAUUGCCGUCGAAGGUUGUACCGAUGCUGCCCGUUCCGCCGCCGACAUUGUCUUGCUGGCUCCUGGUCUGUCCACCAUCACCGAUGGUAUCAAGACAUCACGUGCCAUUUUCCAACGUUUGCGAUCCUAUGCUCUCUACCGUAUCACCUCCACCAUCCAUUUCUUGCUGUUCAUGUUUAUCGUUACCAUGGUUGAAAACUGGCGUAUGCCGGCUGUCUUGCUCAUCAUGAUUUGCGUCUUGAACGAUGCGGCCACCUUGGUCAUUUCCGUUGACAACACCGAAAUUUCUGAUCGUCCUGACAAGUGGCGUAUUGGACAAUUGUUGUUCUUGUCGUUUAUUCUCGCUAUUCUGUUGGCCGCACUCUCGUUUGGUCACUUUUACGUGGCCAGAGAUGUGUUCAAGGUGACGGAUAACGAACUUCACUCCAUCAUGUACUUGCACAUUUCUUCAGCGCCUCACUUUGUCAUCUUUUCCACGCGUGUACCUGGUUAUUGGUGGGAAAACAUGCCACAUUGGAUCUUCACCGUGUGUAUCAUUGGUACCCAGAUCAUUGCUCUCUUCUUUUCAGUGUAUGGUGUCUUUGGUGAACACGAAGGCGUUGCUCCAUGUGGUUAUGGCUGGGGUUUCUCGGUUCUCGGUGUUUCGCUCGUCUUUUUCAUGCUUCUCGAUGUCGUCAAAGUAUACAUCUUCCGUAUCUGGAACUUUGAAUUCACUGCCAAGGUAUUCCCUGCCCCGUCCCGUCGUGCGAAACUCGCCGCUCGUGAAAGGGAGAAUGAGAAGCGACUUCGCGUUGACAACAGCUGGCGCAAGGUUCUCCAUACGGUUGAGGUCUAUAACAUGGUUGGUGCUUUCCAACGACUGACCGAAGAGGAGGCCGGAUUAGAAAAGCCCAACAUGCAAGAACAUUAACUUACAGAUACUGACUUGACUCUUUUUUUCUCCCCCGUUUUGUGUUAAACCUCGUAAUAUAGUUUUCUCUCUCUUUUUUCUAACCAUACAAUGAAUCGAGAUUCUGUAAUCUCAUUUCUUCUAUAUUACUUUUGAUUUCCUUUUUGUUAUUGAUCCUUCUUUUUCCCCAUAAAAUAUAUGAUACUCGCUUCUAUUUUCUGCCAAGAAA